AUUAUGCUUUUACAGACCUGAUUGCCUGCCACGAUACUCUCUCUCUCUGUUUGAUUCAUUGUUUUCCCCUACAUUCUACAAGCUGCUUUUCCCCUUAAUCCAACUCACUUGCAUAAACCAAAAACAUUUAUGCUUUAUCUCAUACUUAAAGCAACAAGGCAACAACUCUCUCCAGAAAAUAAUGUUUUGAAUAAUCCACCCAAUUGAACAAUCAUGGAUCGGGUGCUAAAAGCAGCUCGAUCAUCUGGCUCCCUUAACUUAUCAAAUCGCUCUUUGAGUGAAGUACCCACUGAGGUCUAUCAAAAUUUUGAUGGCGCUAGUGAAGGUGACAACUGGUGGGAGAUUGUUGACCUACAAAAGCUGAUCUUGGCCCAUAACAACAUUGAAGUACUGAAAGAAGACCUGAAAAAUUUGCCUCUGCUGACUGUGUUGAAUGUUAGCCACAACAAGCUUACGCAACUCCCUGCAGCAAUUGGGGGGCUUCCCUCGUUAAAAUCACUUGAUGUGUCAUUCAAUGCAUUAACAAAAAUACCUGAAGAGAUUGGAUUAGCUACUUCUUUGGUCAAGGUUGAUUGUUCAAAUAACCAACUUGUGGAAAUUCCUAGUUCUCUCGGACAAUGUGUUGAGUUAUUGGAACUGAAGGCUUCAAAUAACAAUAUUGCAGGCCUGCCGGAAGAUCUAGUGCACUGUACAAAAUUAAUGAAAGUAAAUUUGGAGGGAAACAAACUCACAGAACUGUCAGAUCCUAUUAUCUCAUCAUGGAGCGUGCUGACUGAAGUAAAUGCUUCAAAAAACCACCUGAAUUGUAUACCAGAGAGCAUUGGGAGGCUUUCACGUCUUAUUCGCCUCGACCUGUAUCAGAAUAGAAUUUCAUCAAUUCCAUCAUCUAUAAAGGAUUGCUCUUCUCUUAUAGAAUUUUACAUUGGGAGCAAUAAGUUAUCAUCGCUACCAGCAGAGAUGGGAGAGCUUUCUCAGUUAAGCAUACUGGAUCUUCACUCAAACCAGCUAAAAGAAUUCCCAGUGGAAGCGUGCAAAUUGUGCCUGUCAGUUCUGGAUCUGUCAAAUAAUUCGCUAUCAGGCUUGCCUGCAGAAAUUGGUUCGAUGAUAAGUUUGAAAAAGCUUGUACUCAUUGGAAAUCCAAUGCGCACCAUUAGAAGCUCAUUGGUAUCUGGACCAACAGCUGCUUUAUUGAAGUAUCUUCGAAGUAGACUUCCUUCUGCACAAGAGGCUGAAGCAUCAACUUCAACUAAAGAUGAUAUGGUGGCUAUGGCAGCUCGAUUGUCUAUCACCUCAAAGGAACUUUCACUUGGAGGUAUGGACUUGACUUCAGUCCCUUCAGAGGUCUGUUCUUCAACUCAAACAACAAAAGUUGAUCUUUCGAGGAAUUCAAUUGAAGAGCUUCCUGUUGCACUGUCAGCCUGUUCUUCGCUUGAGGUUUUGCUUUUAUCCAGGAACAAGAUAAGGGAUUGGCCAGGGGAAGUUUUGAAGUCACUUCCAAAUCUUACAUGUUUAAGGCUAGACAGUAAUCCUCUUAGUCAGAUUCCAACGAACGGUUUUGAAGCUGUCCCCAGACUCCAAAUUCUAGACCUUAGCGGUUGUGUAGCUUCAUUACCUGACAAUACUGCCUUUGCUAGUUUACCACAUCUGCAGGAGCUUUACCUCAGGCGAGUACAGUUGCAUGAAGUCCCGUCAGAUAUUUUGAGGUUGCAGAAGUUGCAGAUUCUUGACCUAAGUCAAAAUUCACUCCGUUCCAUUCCAGAGGGGUUCCAAAAUCUAUCUUCAUUGAAUGAACUAGACCUUUCAGAUAACAGCAUUACAUCAUUGCCACCGAAGCUUGGGUUGCUUGAACCCAGCUUACAAGCCCUCAGACUUGAUGGGAAUCCUCUGAGAAGCAUUCGGAGAACGAUUUUAGACCGAGGAACCAAAGCAAUUCUGAGUUACUUGAAAGACAAAAUUUGAGGGUUCCUUCUGACAUGGCUUCUUCAUUCGAUAUAUUGAGUGGUGGAAGGGAAGAAAUUAUUGAUUUAUUCUUUUUUUCUGCUGAAAGGUUUUCUUUGAUUAGUUGAUUUCUUCUUUGCUGUGUUUCUUUGUGAUAUAUGUAUAAUUAUAGAUGAUUUAGGUAAGAAGGGCUCCAAGUCCAGGGUUUGUGUUUGUGAUUGAAGAGUUGCGUCAUGCCUAAAAAGCUACUGUACUUUUUAGAGGUUUUGCACUACCUUGUGUGUUUUUUCCCUCUGAAUUGUAAAAACUUCAUUUACCAAGAGUAUGCUCGACAAUGUAACUGUCUAACUGAGUUUUUCAACAGCAAAGUCGAAGUUUGCUGAGAGCCAUUUCUAUUUUCUAUACCUUAAUGUGUUAUAAAUUUCUUCAA